GAGAAAGAGAGAGAGGGAGAGCGCGCAGAGCAGAGGGUUGCGUGGGGGAUCGUAGUUUCCCUUCCAAACGGGGCCGGUCGCAUUCUCGUGUUUGGCGAAGGAAGAAGCGAGUGAGCAUCUCCACAGCGACAUCACGGAGGGGCUGAAAGAAGCGAAGUGUGGACUUAAAGUUUGACUCGAGACGUGUUUAUUACAGAGCCGUCCAUGCCGGAGGCAAAGAGCCCGCAGGGUGUGCCGUACAGCGACCUGCCGCACAUCGUCAACGCGGACGGACUGCACCUGUUCUGCCGCUACUGGGAGCCCAGCGGCCCGCCCAGGGCCCUGGUGUUUAUCACACAUGGAGCUGGAGAACACAUAGGGCCUUAUGACGAAGUGGCCCAGAGACUCAAGGAGCUGCAACUGCUGGUGUUUGGUCACGACCACGUGGGUCAUGGGCAGAGUGAAGGAGAGCGCAUGAACAUCAGAGACUUCCAGAUUUACAUUCGAGAUGUUCUUCAGCACGUGGACCUGAUGAAGAGCAGACACCCAGGCAUCCCCAUCUUCAUAGUGGGACACUCUAUGGGUGGUGCGAUCUCCAUCCUGACAGCCUGUGAACGUCCCUCGGAGUUUAAAGGAGUGGUCCUGAUCGCUCCCAUGGUCCAGAUGAACCCAGACUCUGCCACACCCUUCAAAGUUUUUGUGGCGAAGGUGCUCAACCACAUGAUGCCAAGUCUGACUCUGGGAACCAUAGAGUCCAAGUGGGUUUCACGUGACAAGAAACAGGUGGAGGCGUACGACUCAGAUGAGCUGGUGCACCAUGGCGGGCUGCGGGUGUCAUUUGCGAUACAGCUGAUGGGGGCGGUGUCCAGGAUUGAGAGGGAGUUGCCUAACAUCCACUGGCCCUUUUACCUUCUCCAUGGAGAUGCAGACAGACUGUGUGACAUCCGGGGUUCCCAUAUGAUGUACGACAACGCCCCCAGCACCGACAAGAAACUCAAGGUUUAUGAAGCAGCAUAUCAUGCUCUGCACCACGACCUUCCAGAAGUGGCAGAAAACGUGCUAAAGGAAGUGAGCACAUGGAUCUCGGAACGACUUCCUGUGUCGUAGGUCACCCCAAUUAAAAGCUAACAUUAACACUUGAUUUUAUAUGGAGAAGAAGAAACAACACUGUCUGCUAUACAAAUAUCAACUUAAAUCUCUUUUUUUAUUCUUUUAUUUGCACACUAGUUUUUAAAAUUCUUCUCUCUUGUGGAUGAUGGGGUCAUAAUAGCUUUGUUUUUUUGGUCAGGGUUAAAAUGUGCAAUAAUGGCGUUUGAAGACUCCCCUUUGGGAAUGUCGCUGGACAAAGGGGUGGUCUCCAUGGUUAUAACAGGUGAAUUUGCAUAUCAAAAAGAGGGGACACGGUAUCCAUGGCAAUACUUCCUGUUGCUCGGCGAGAUGCAAAUUAAUUGGAUUCCUCGUAGGGACAAUUAAGUCUACCUAAGAGACAAUGUCACUCAAAGAUGAAUUUAUUCUGAUUUAACACUGGCACAAAUCAAUGAGUUUUAGAUUGACUUUUAUUGUUUUAAGUAUCAGAAAUUCUCAAAAAGGCAUCCACAAAAAGUAAUGCCACCAAAACCAAUUAAUAUAAUGUACAAUGUUAUUAUCAGGGUGCACUACUCUUUAUUGACCACUAGAGGCUGGCUCAAAAAUAGAACAUGUAAUCCUUAAAAGAAUUUAAUAGCCGUCCGGAUCACAUCCCUUGUACACCAUUAUAAAAGUGUUUAACAUCUCCCCACCAUUCCCCCGCUCUGUACGGUCGCCAUGGCAGCAGCAGUCUUCCCUCUCCUCACUUUCUCUCUUCUUUUCACUCCUCUCUCUUGUUAGUAUUUUCUCUCGCUGCUAUCGCUCCGUCUGUCAGUCUCCCUGUAUAUAUGUGUGCCCAUGUGUGUGUAUGUGUGUAUGUGUGUGUGUGUUGCUCUUUUGUGUGAGAUAAUGAGCCAGAGUUGUGAACUGCAGCAGACUCAUCCUGAAUACUAAUCCUAACUGCACUAUUCAAAGCCUUCAUGACUCCAGCAUCCACAGGUUUACAUGGGAAGAAUAGGAUUUUUAACUGCGAUUAUUACAAAACCAACUAUGUUUCAGGUUAGAUUCAACUACUAUUGCAACUACUAUUGUUUAUGUUAUGUGCACCUUGCUCAUAGCAUAUACUAAAACAUCUGUGAAAGUUGCCAUCAAGAGUCACUGCAUUAAAUGUGCACUGUGUAACUUUUCUUAACUUUUUCUUUUAGCAGAGGGUCCAUCACUUGCUUGUUUCUAUGGAGAUGUCAUUGCUUUGGCUGGAUGUUGCACAAUAAGGCAUUGAACAUAUCUGUUUAGCAUUUAUUCAUUUACAGAUGUUUUUAUUUCUGUAGAAGUAAUUAUAACAUAACAUAAUUACUGUGAGCCCCUCCACAGAUCUAAACUGUAACUUAACCUGGAACAUCACCAGCUUGUGUACAUGGAGAUAGAUUUAAGGCUUAAAGCCAUACUGUGCAACAUUCCAGAUACACCAAUAGCAUCUCCAUGCAGACAAUCCACCAGAAAAGUGGUGCAUAGUGAAAUGAUAGUUUAGCAAAUAUAUUUACUAAAUAUUUGCUUUUUUAAAAUUAGAAAACUAUUAAAUUGCAUUAUAAAUGCAUUAUUUUACCAUUUCAAUUGUUUUUAUUUCUUUUUUACAGAAUUUUUAUUUUUUCAUUUAACGUGGUCCUUUAAAUCCUCCACAUGUUAUUGGUUAUAUGUUAUUAAUACCAUUUUAUAAUAAGUACUUUAAUUAGCCUUAAUUCCUAAUGAAUACUUUAUUAAGAGUGAUUCAGGCUUAGUGAGUGCUUCAUUCUCUAAAACUAACUCCUAAUCCUUACCUCUUAGUUAAGUAGUUUCAAAGCCACACUCAUUCUUAAUAAACUAUUUGUUCAUUAAGUCUUUGUUCAUACUUAAGGCUAAUUAAUGUAUAGUUAUUAUUUUAAAGUGGUACUAAGUUAUUUGUAUAAUUCAGUUUGAUUCUAGUUCAAAAUGUUAUAGAUUUAAUUAUAAAAUAGUAGAGUUGCAGUAGAUCCAUUGUUCAGAAUCAUGGUUGGUUUUCUUGGUUUCUCUUUGACCCACUUUAGAUUUGAGGUUGGAGUGUGAAUCUUUGACUGUUACUGAAGGAGGCAGGGACUUUCCUCUCUCAAUGAGGUUCUUAUCGACUUUAUGACUGUUUUUGGGGACAGGCCAGUCUUUUGUAAAACUGACUUUGCCACAUUUUAGACACAACUGUACUUAUAUAUCUGAUACUGGGGUCAAGAGGAAUGAUCAGUGAGGUUUGAGAGAUGUCGACCAAAAUGCUACUUUGCAGUUAUGACAACAUGGAUAUGGCUUGGUUGUUGUUUUUAUUCCAUGUACCAAAAAAUAUUAAAUACAUUUGAAGAUAAAAUUAUCCCUUGUAUUAGCUAUAUUUAGUUUGGAUUGCAUUGCUAACAUUAAAGUAUAAGAAUGAAAUGAAGUAAUAAAGGAAUGAAUGAAAUUAUGACCAGAGCUUCACUAACAUUUCUAGUUUGACAAUUCAGUUUGCAUUUUGACAUUUUAAAAUCCUCUCAAAUGUCACCCUUUCCUGCUUGACUCUUGUAGUUCCACACUGUACAAAGCUAGUGAUGCUAACUCUUCAGUCUCAUGGAUUGUAUGUAUUUUACAGAUCUUUAAUGAACUAAUAUUUAGGGAAUAUAGGAGUAUAGUUUGGUUAAUGAUCAUUUAAUGCACUUUUAUAUUAUCAUUAACUCUACAUUUCCAUAUGGACCUUCACUGAAUUGAAAUGUCUAUGAAGAAGUUGCUGAAGAGAUUUGACAAGACAUAACUACUGUUUUUAACUUUUAUUUUGUGCAAAGAAGGAUAUGGUAGUUUGGGAUGUAUUUACUAUUUUAAUAUUGCAAUAGGAAUUUCACUUAUAUUAUUAAUUCAGGGAAUCUUGUAAGUUUUUGGUAACAUAAAAUAAUUGGUUGAUUUGAAAAAAAUUAAAUAAAAAUCUAACAAAGCAGUUCAAGUUGCAAAUGUCAAUAACAUGGACCUGAAAAAGCUUAGACUACAACAUUUUUGGAGGAAAACUGAAUAAUUCCAUACAUCUAUGUUUGUCUGUGCCUUAUUCUCAUGAUGACUUGAUGUUUCUAUAAUAUUGUAAACAUUUUGUGAAUUGUGUCUAAUAACACAAGGUGUCUGAUUUUUAAAAAUUACCAUUCAGUUUAAAGUCACAGUAUGUAACAUUUUAGCAAAAAAAUAGACUACGAUAAAUCUUUUUUCUAAGCUUUACAGUGCAAUAUAAACACAACCAAAAUGAAAAAUGUGCGUCCGUACUCUGAGUGGGCUUGCAUCUCCACAAACCUAACACUUAUUUCUAUGAAAAUGUUGUUCCUUUGGCUAUAAUCUUCCACAGUAUGGCAUAAAACAUCUCCAUCUCCAUGGAGAAUGUGCUGAAGUAUAACUAUUUCCAUGAAAUCAUGCAGAAGACAUACCUCCAGGAAGUCACAUACUGUACCUUUUAGAUCUUGUUUGUUUUAUAAGAUGUAUUUAAGUGUCAAACCAAGGUAAACUUAACCAGGGAAACAGGAUCAAAAACAUCAACAAUGGACCAAGAGUGUUUCAAAAUGUCUUAUGUCAGUGUAUUUGUUAACCCAGUCUCAAGUUGAUGAUAAUGAACAGCAUAUUGGCAACCGCUCUCAAUGCUUUUAUUAAAAAUCUAUAUAUUUUGUGAGACUGGGUUGGUUUGUGUCUGUCUAAUUGUCAUGUUUUUAUAUUUUCUGUUACUUGUAUGCAACAGGACUCAGUUUGUGAUGUUAAAGCAGAUUGGAAAGGAAUAGGUUCACACUGCAUACCACCUAAUAGAAAAACAGGCCAUAUCUGAUCUAAUUACAUAGAAACUCAUUGUAAUAGCUCGCUGACAUCACAUGAUUGAGUCUUCCAUGUAAAGUAAUACAGCUUCAUUCAAAAUAAUAUAUGAAUGUGUAAAUAAUGUAAAUAUUGUGGAAUAACUGAAUGCUUGAAUGUAUUAAUAUCUAUAUCUGACCAAAUAAAACAUGACUGUUCACA